AUGCUGUCAAGAACGCUGGGCACAGCUCGUACAGCAUACCGGCAUGCUGCGAUGCCACGCCAGCAGGCCAACGUGGCUGCUCGAUGGUACACCGCUGGCAAGCUCCGCAUCGACGCGGACCGAAUGAUGAAGACCCUGCACGAGACUUGCGAGUGGGGAUUCGCACAUCGCUACGGCUCUUCACCUUUCGAGACCGGUAUGGCUCGACUCACACUGGACGAGAACGAUGCGACAGCACGACGAUGGCUGGCAGACGAAGCAAAGAAGAUCGGCUGCUCGGUGACUGUCGAUGAGAUGGGAAACAUGUUCAUGGUCAAACAGGGAAAGAAAGGUGGCGCGCCGACAGCGAUGGGAAGUCAUCUCGAUACCCAGCCUACAGGUGGGAGAUAUGAUGGGAUUCUGGGUGUCAUGGCUGGGUUGGAAGCAUUGCGCACGAUCAAGGAUCACAAUGUAGAGACCGAGUAUCCUGUCGCGCUGAUCAAUUGGACGAACGAGGAAGGUGCCAGAUUCCCGCAGUCGAUCGUAGGGUCAGGAGUGUGGUGUGGAGAUGUGCCGCUGCAGAAAGCAUGGAACCUUCAAGACGUGAAGGACGGUAGCUUGACCAUGAAGUCGGAGCUGUCCAAGAUCGGGUUUCUUGGCGAUACAAAGUGCAGCCACAAGGCAACGCCGCUAGCAGCACAUUUCGAAUUGCAUAUCGAGCAAGGACCCAUCUUGGAAGCGAGCGGCAAAAAGGUAGGCAUCGUUCAGGGUGGUCAGGCAUACAAGUGGUUUGACAUCAACGUUCGAGGUCGAGAGUGCCACACUGGAUCAACGCCCUUCGACACGCGUUCGGACGCCAUGCUGUGUGCGUCCAGGAUCAUCGUCGAGAGCAAUCGCAUCGCAAAGGAACAAAGCGGACUUGCUAGCACCGGCAUCCUCCGCUUAUCACCUGGAAGCGUCAACACGUGCCCGGGUCAUGUGUUCUUCACCCUCGACGUCCGCCAUCCUUCCACCGACAAGCUCGCUGCGCUCUGCAAAGACAUCGAGGCAGCCGCGCAUCGGAUCGCGUCCAGCGAAAGCGAAAAGGGAUGCGAUGUUGAUUGGGUUGAAACCUUCAACAGCCCCGCAAUCACAUUUCACCCGGACUGCAUUUCGAGCGUCCGCAAGGCCGUCGAGGCUAACUACGGUGCCGAUCACGGUGUCGACAUUUACAGUGGUGCGGGUCACGAUACGUGCUCGACCAGCAAGGUCUGUCCUUCCAGCAUGAUCUUCAUCACCAGCAAGGACGGCAUCUCGCACAAUCCGAGAGAGUAUUCCUCGCCAGAGGACUGCGCGAUUGGAGCGCAGGUGCUGAUGGACGCCGCGCUGUUGUAUGAUGCUCAGCGAAGCAAGUGA